GGGGGAGAGGGAACCCCGCCAUCCCCGCCCCUUUCCCAGCCGUUUUUGUCGUGAGGCCGUCGUAGCGGCGCGUGCGCUGGGCGGCUCUGACGUCAUCGCGCAGCGACGCGGCCGGGAGCGGCGCCGCGAUGUUCAAGGUAAUGCGUCUUGGGGCUGCACCUGCUAGUCUGAGCUUGCUGUCCAUCCAAGUAUAUGCUUCAUCCUCAGAGAAGGAAACUCCAAAAAAAGAGUUGCUAAAAAUUGAUGAGCUUUCACUCUACUCCAGUCCAACUCAUGAGUCUAAAUAUGUGGAGGAACCACAAACCCAAUUGGAAGAGGGGAUCUCAUAUCUGCGGCAUUCUGUGGAGCCAUAUACAGCCUGGUGUCAGGCUCUUUACACUAAAGCUAUGCCCAAAGUAGAAAGAACUGUUGAACGUGGUAGAGAAAGUUGUGAAUUUCUCAAAAAUCCCCCGCCAGGAUUUUACCCAAGGCUUGGUGUGAUUGGUUUUGCUGGAAUUGUUGGACUGUCUCUUUCUAGAGGUUCAAAAAUAAAGAGGUUGGUGUAUCCAGUGGGCUUCAUGGGGAUUGGUGCUUCGCUAUAUUAUCCACAACAAGCUGUUGCUAUUGCAAAGGUCAUUGGUUCAAGGUUGUAUGACUGGAGUCUGCAAGGAUAUGUAGCUGUAGAAUCUCUCUGGAAGGAUAGUCCUAAAAAGAAGAAAUUUGGAAAAAAAGCAAGUGACAAGAGGUAGUCAUCUUCUGAAUCUGUGCCCUGUCACAGUGCUGCCAACACUGUAUUACUGAAAGUACAAUCUUUCAAAUACUGAGUUAUUAAAAUAUUUUUGGCACUUUUUGCAAGAGCCAACAUGUUGACCCAGGGUCCUGGCUAAAAUACAAUUGAGUGAUUAUUCAUUCUAACCUACCUAACAUUCAUUUGUACUUUCAGUUCAAUAAAGCAUACAUCCCUUCUGCCCUGUUAUGUUGUUCAAAGAUUAUAGCUUCCUGCCACAGAUGUGGCUGCAUUUUGAUGAUGAAGCAGGCUGUUUGGAUAAAUGUAUUUUGUGUAGAGUAUGGCAAGCAUUUUGGGAUCUUAAUGUCAUUCACAAUACAUUAUCAGCAUUAAUAAAGAUUAUUAAAUGUCUGCAUGUUUACUAUUUUGUGUUCCUUUGAAUUAAAUCACAUUUUCUUUCUUGUCCCCCUUCUGUCCUGAAUCAAACACCAGUAGCAGUGUCAGAUUUUCUUCCACCAGAGAGGAGUGAAGCCUAUGUUCCAGCCCUGCUAUGGUUCAUUUCACAUUCCCAUCCACUCAUAACUCAUGCAUGUCCCUUGUUUCUCCAAUUCUCACUCCCGUCUCAGCAGGCUAACUUCUCUGCUCCUUCAGUCCGACUGUAGGGUGGUUGGACUUCAAGGUACUAAGGUUCCAAAACCCCUAAAUUACUUUAAUCUCAGCACUGCUUAGUUGGCCUUUGUUCCUUGCAUGUUUCCAGCCACCCAGUUGGUAGUUUGGUACUCAAAAGACUUGUUUUGGCCUCUGGCCAAAUGAGGUGCAGUUGCAGUAUGUAUGGUUGUCUACAAGAAGAGGUGCAAGAGGCUUUAUGAUUUAAGGGAAAAUAGUAAUAUUUUGAACAAAGAGAUGGCUUGGCAAACUUAGAACUCUGUUCUGAUUGGCUUUGUGUUAGGAUCAGUUGUAAUGAUGGAGAACACUUCCUCCAAUGUCUGGGGGUUAGCUACUGCACACCAGUAAUUAUCUUAGUAAUACAUUGCAUAACUUAUGAAACUGAUGUACUUGAAGAGAGGAAGGAUGGUCUGGUGCAGGGGUUCCCACACUGUGGGACAUGAUGCAGAGAUCACCAGGGGGCUGUGAGAUCGGGGGUGGUGGGGGGAGAAAAUGCAAGAAAGUUUAAGCAGACAGCUGGGCAGCACCGUCUGCUCCCCGAGCAAUAGAGUGCUCUUGCGGCAGCAUCAUGCCUUUUAUGGCCAGCAGAAGGUCCCAAGCUCCAUGUGACGGAUGCAGGACCAUCACAGUGAGAUCAGGAAAGGUGGGGAUUCCCCCCACCUUCCAGCAUGCGGGGUGGAGGUCCAAAUAAAAUGAUCUGGUAGGUUGAAUGUGGCCCCCGGGCCUUCAAUUGCCUCUCCUUUUUGUUUAGUCUGGUAGUUGGUGCCCCUGUGCAAGUGCACCAAACUCACAGUGGUUAAUCUGGGCCUGGCUACCCCCCCCAUAGUUUUCAAAGUAGACUGUUUAAGAUGGAGUGUUUGUUUGCGCAAAGCCAGCAUGAAUUCUAAGUACCAGGGGAGUUGCAUUAACAGAUAUGAGCGCAAAGGGGGUCAUGGCAUGAAGAAGUUUGGGAUUUACUGGUGUAGUGGUUAGCCUGAGACGUGGGAGACAUAGGUUCAAUUUCCUGCUCCACUACAGACUUCCUGGGUGACUUUUGACAAAUCAGCCUGUCUUGUGCCUCAGCGCUGUGGAUAUGUGGAUAAAUACUACUUUACUACAUCAUGGGGUUGAAGAGAACUAUGCUGAAAGAAAAAUGUGAGGUGCUCAGAUGCAUCAGUAAUGUGUGUGUGUGUGUGGGCGGGGGGGAUGUAAGUACCAUAGACAGAUAUUUAGAAAAAGGGGUCAGGGACGCCAAGGGAUGGAUGAGGAUGGGGCAGGGGGAGAUUCAUGUUUUUAGAAUGACCGUAUAACUUACAGUGAGCAAUUGCAAAGUCACAGUAACGUAAGGUCUGUGAUUCAGACUUAGGCCUCAUCUACACCUAAAUCUUAGGUCAGCCUACCUAUGUCAUUCAGGAAUUUUUCACGGUGCUGAGAGAUGUUGUUAAGCUGAUCUAAGCCCCAGAAUAGACACCACUAAGUCAACGGAAGAAUUCGUCUGUUGACCUAGCUACCACCUCUCAAGAGGUUGGAUUUACUACAGUGACAGAAAAAUUCCUUUUGUCACUGUAGCAACUGUCUGUACUGCAGUGCUAUAGCAGCUUAACUGCAGCUUGUAAAGUAGGUAUAGCCUUACACAUGGCAUAAUUUUACUUGGUUUUGAAGCAAUGUUAAGACUACUAACAGCACAAUAGUGUUGAAGCUGUACCUUUUGUUACAGCAUAUCGAGGCUCAUAAUCACAGCAGAAAGUUAAGCUGGUAAGGAUUUGUGGGAAAACCCCUUCUGAAGGACAUAAGUACAUGAAGAGUUUUUUUUUUUUUUUUUUUUUUUUAAAGAAAAGGCCCCUCCUGUUUGAAGUAUUCGAAUGUGCCCACAGAGUUUAAUUUUGUAAUAUAAACUGAAGGAUUUCAAAGAAACUCCUGACCCUAAAUCAGAGAAAAAUGUGGAGAAAUGUGAAGAAUGAAGUGAAACCAACAAAUCAGCAUGCAGCAUUAGCGCAAGGAAACAGAGAGUCACAGAUCAGCAGAGCCACAGAAGAAUGACUGACUUAUCAUUUUGCACCAAAAUUGUGGCCAUGCCUUUUCUGUGAUUGAGUCAAACAUAAAUUGCAACAGAAACUGGAUUGUGCUAAAAAUGAAAGCUAUGUGUAUCUGAUACUUUGCAUUGAUUUGUUAAGAAAUGUGGACCUUUUAAUGAGGUGGUUACUUUAUGAGAGAAUGUUUGAUUUGUAUUUUACAUCCUGCCUCAAGUUUAUGUAGAGGGUUUCCUGUUAAGCAUCUUAGUGCUUUGCUUGGGUUCUUCUGGUUAAUAGAAAUUUCAGUUACCCUUCAUACAGACUAGUGAACUGAAACAGCUUUGUGUCCAUCUUGUAUGGCUCAUAGAACAUAUUAAACAAAUUGUGACAACUGAGAAGUGUAUGCAGACAGUUUAGUGAAGCACGGUGCCUGUAAAAAGCCAAAUCAGUUAUUUCCAGGGAGAAGUUUACUUAGAAUUAUGUGCAGGGGAGAUAGUCUCUGGUGUCAGAUCACUGUUUUGAUUUUACUGGCCAUUUAAAGAAAUACAGGUUCAGAUGCAUAACUUAAAGAUACUGUGCUUUUGAAUUCAUGGACAAUUCCAUCUGUAGACUUGAGUCUUACGUUCCUAGCUCCUGAGCUGCUCUGCCUCUUCUAAAUAUCUGUCUAUGGUACUUGUAUUUCUCGCGCGCGCACACACACACACACCCCCUCUGAAUUAACACCAACAGCUGUAUUAUAGGAUUGCCGUCCAUCUCAUAUUUUGCAGAUUAACUCCAGUUAAAAAGCUAGUCUUGCAAGACUAACAAAGUGUUGUUAAAAUUAUUGUGAGCCAGAAGAUAUAGCAACAUGACAAACUAAACUAGGGAGGUAUGAUGUGAUGCACUGACCCUUUAAGACUGAGGAAGGAGUUCUCUGGGGCCAUGAUCUAUUCCAGGAGGUUUAUUACAAAGAGACCCAGGAAAUGAAGCAGCCAUUAAUAGAAAGGAGGUAGUCCCAGUUUGUGGCUUGAGGAGGUCCAAGGCUGUCUGUCUGUCUGGGACCAGUGUCUUGAAGUGUAGGUGCAGCAAAGCUCCCUUCUCUCUCAGCCAUCUGGAGGGAGUCCAUGGAGGAGUGGUCCUAGGAAGGGCUGCUGGAAUGUGUAUGGGGUAUACUGGGAAUGGGGGUUGGUUAAUAAACAGGCUCCUUCUCUGAGGGCAAGAGAGCUGGAGCUGUUGUCAAUCUCUCCCAUGUUAAUUUGGGUGGUACCUUCAGAUGACUGGGGAUAGCCUGGAAUCCUAGCAUAAAUGCCUGGGAGGAGUCAUUUUAACUUUAUUACAAGUCUGGUCAUCUUAUUUCUUUGGACUUUGUCACCAGACCCCUAAAGCGUUGGGCUCUCUGGAGGCAGAAACUCACCCCAGAUACGGGUCUGUAUUACUUUUUAAACAGUCAGUGGGCAUGGCCUUUAGUGAGUGUUUGCCUUGGGGGGCGGGGGGCUGGAAGCAAAAGGAACAGCAGCCCAAGUAUGUACUACACAUAUAAAGACAUGCUUUCCAGCUGGAAAAUGCCUCCCUGCAGACAUAUACACUUUGCAAAGAAACUAGGGAAGCUGGUCUGGGGAAAAUAGCAAGAGCCUGUUAAUAACUAUUAGCAUAAGGAAGCUGAAGUUUCUCUUUGUACAUACCAAAAUAUACCUUCCCUUCAAAACCUGGCAGGAGUACAUGUGGAUUUUAGAGCACUUUGAAAUAUUUGUUCUUAACCCAGAUGUUUUUUUCUCAGGGUAAAAUUUGCAGAAUGCAGGUGUGGAGUGACUAAUGUGCACAACAUAUAUUCUCAGAAAGUUACUGACAGCACUACUCAAACUUGCAGUACCUGAAUGCUACUUGGGUUCAAUGCUCACAGCAUGUCUCAAUGCUGACUGCAUGUCUACUUGAGUCACUCGGACCUGGUUUACCGUACAGCAUUAGGUUAACUUAAUGCAGCUUACAUCCACCUAAUUAUGUCAGUGCGCACACGACAGCCUUGCUCCCGUCAAUGUAAGUGCCGUAAUAGACCAACAUAACUCCACCUCCACGAAAUACAUAGAUUUUAUGUAGGUGUAGUUUGGGCCAUGCAGUGUCCCCGUAGACGCUGUUACUUGCAUCUAUUGGCUGUCAUUCUUGUCAAUUUCAUAGCUCUGCUAGAGCUGUGAAAUUGACAAGAAAGCUGGCUCCCGACUCCCCAGCCGAGCUGCUGCCCAGUCUCUGCUCCAAACCAGGCUGCCGCCUAGGCUCCUCACUCCCUGCAGAGAGCUAGUCUGUGCCCCGGGCUCUCUGCUCCCUGCCAGGAGCCUGGCAGCUGACCGGACUCUGGGCACGGCUCUCUCUUCUGGAAACCUAUCUGUCCCCCUGGUGUGUCAGCUUCCAGCUCCCCACUGGGAACAUGGUUGUGCCCAGCGGGGAGCUCUGUGCUUGGUGUCCAGCCCCAUUCCCGGAGGGAAGCUGAGCAGGGAGAGGCUGCUGGUGGGGCACUGGGCUACCAGCAGGGAGCUACAUGAGGAGCUGAGUGUCCUGGCUUUCAGCCCCCCACACUGCCCCUCUGUAGUCAGUGGGAAGUGCUCCUGGUGAGGACGUGCACCACUGACAGAAGAAGAGCAGUGUUGUUAUGAACCAUUGCAGCAAUUACUGCAGUGGCUGUAAGUCAGCGUAACAUAGGUCCACUUAAGUUUAUAGUGUAGACGUAGUCUGACUGGCAACAGAGCCCCAAUCCUGCUACGUGUAUGUAAAUCCCUUCCUCCUGUUCAUCAUCUUGGCUCAAGUCACAUUGUAAAUCCAACUUGUGCUUCAAAAGUCUUUUUUAAAUAUUGUUUCCCCAAAGCAGCAGGGAAAGCCUGUCACUAGCUGAGAUCGAACCCCAGUUGGGGAUAUCGGUUUGGGGAUGAUCAGAUCCAUAGCCUGAACUACAGGUGUAUGCAAAAAAAAAAAAAAAAGUUAUAAAAAACCCCACAAAAUUUGAUAUUACUUCUUUUUAAGGUAGCUGUAUUUCAGGGACUCCUUUUGGAGCAGAGGCUCAGCAAUUUGCAAUACAAUCUGAAUAAGCAUAUGAAUUUUAGAAUGCUUAAAAAACAGAUUGAGCCUUGUAUUAACAUCAAGUAACGUAAUGUAAGAAGAUGGAUUUGGUCUUUAUUUUAUUUUUCUUUUGAUUUAGGAAAAUACAUUACAAUAUAUGCACCUUAGCACUCUGUCAUCACUGAAAAUGACAUAAUUUGUCACAAUUAUUCAAUCAGCUCUAACCCUUUCUAACAACUGAGAGUCCCAAUAAGAUACUGCCCCAUAUCCCACAAUACCUCAAACUCCACCCUGUGCCACCUGUAUUCUAGCAACACCCAAAAAGCCAAAAGAAACAGCUGGGCCAUGCAGCAUGCCCUAAACGUUAGUAAAAUUGGACUAUUUUGAGCCUUAAAUGAGUAAAGUCAUGGCCAUCAGUCUGCCAGCUUUACCGUCUUGAUAGUGAAGGUAUUCUAACUCGAGGGCUGCUACAGUCUAUAGCUGCAGCAGUGUUGCACAGGGGGAGAGGCAGUCUCUCAAGUAGGCACAUCCAAGUAUCAUAUAGAAUUUAAUAGGUUAGAAUAAACAACAUCAGUUCUAUUUGGAAGCCAAUUGGUAACCAGUACAGAUCCCAAAGCACAGAUGCCAUGCUCUUGAUUAGAUGCUCUAUAUAUUAAGUAGGCAGGUAGUUGCAACUGUUUCAACGUGAGUAUUCAUAAUGCUUAGCUCCAAAUACUUCAUAUUACAAUAGUUGAAGUGUUAAAGGCAUGGAUUAUGGUAUCUACUCUGCUAAACAGAGUUGUUGGUCCAGCCAGACCUCCAAGUUAUAAAUGUAGGAAGGAAACAAAUGGUGAACCUAUAGGUGCAAGAAUCAAGUCUGAUAUAACCCCCAUGAGCAGAUGAGGUUUUCUCAGUAUAGAUGCUGGAUUGCAAUGGGGAUUGGCCGUCGGUAACAGGCUUCUAGGGAGGAUAGCAGGAAAGUCAUGGGUUCUUGUGACUUUUGCUUCUGUCUGAACUGUAAUGCUAUGAACAAAUUGUUAGAAAAGGCAGCCCACUCUUGGAUGUGUAGUAGUAUUCUGAUAGCUGGCUAUGGUGCUUCUCUCGCUUUCUGUAUAGAAGGAAAAUAUGCACACACGUGAUUCUAAUAAUUUAUAUCUAUUUCUUCUGUGUAAUUUUUAAAAAAUUUUUCAUUGAUUGAAUGAUAGUUAGUUUGUCUUCCUUAGGCAUUAGAAUCUGGGGUAUAAAAUGUCCUGAGACCUACUUUUAAUUGCUAACUCAAAUAUUGAAGGUUUAAAGCAAAUAUAUUCUGUGCAGUCAUUUUCUGUUCAAUGUUAUCUUGACAUUCAAAUGGUGCUUUUCAUCCCAAAGGAUCCCAAAGCACUUUAAUUCUUUUACUGUUGUACACACUGUAGGGAACACAGCAUCAGCCCCUUUAAGGUUAAAACAUGGCAGAUGUUUAAUAACACAUAACAACACUACCCACAGUUUAGGGUAGAAAGUGAAAAGUAUAGUAUCUGACUGAAACUGCAGGGGGAAUUUAGGUAGCCAGAAUGGAAUGAUCUGUACUGGCACUGGGAGUAACACUCCUACUCUUGCAAAAAGUGGCUAAGUGGCCAAGGUUCCUAAAUCCCAUUUUCAAAAGCGGCUUGGAAAUUUGAGCCUAAAUUUCAUACAAGUCAAAGAGUCAAAAGAUGACACUUCCAUCAACACAAUGCCCCUAAAUAGCAGACUGGGGCCACUGAUGCAAGGCAGAAUUCUACAUAUUGGGUCAACACCACCAUUUUCUGCAGUAUCUGGUUGGUUGCAGGAACUCUGCCAUCCAAGUUCUAACCUGUCCUGACCUUUGUUAGCUUUUUGAGGCUCACAGCAUAUGGUAAUAUUUGUUACUUUGAUUUAAUCCUGAAGACAACGUAAAUCUAAUAUACAGCCUUUUAAAAACAAGAAGAAAACUCAUGAAUAUGUCUGAUGUAAAGAGGGGCGUGAGUGAGCACAUGUUAAGGACUCCAUUGAUUGAUCAGCCUGUGCUUUCAUUGAACGCUCUUUUGUCUCCUCUGGUACUCGAAAGUGUAUCUUGUGCACAGUUGUUGCUCACAUACAGAUCCACUUUGGGAGAACUAAUGCAGUGUUAUGGCAUUUCUGUCUAGUAAGAGAUCAAUUAUCUGCUGAAACCCUUUGGUUGAUAUGAUGUCAACAGAUUUUUCCAUGAGUUUAGUUUUUUC